AUGCAAGAAAUCAUUGACCAAUUUGCUAUUGAUAAAGAGAAGAUGGAAGUCAUUGUAUCUAAGCUCUUAGAAGAGAUGGAAAAUGGACUUCAAGAUAAACCAAGUACUCUUCAAAUGCUUCCAACAUAUGCCCCUAUUCCUACUGGUAAAGAAGUUGGUACUUUUAUGGGUAUUGAUGUUGGUGGAACUAAUCUCAGAGUCUUAUUAUUAGAAAUUCCUGAACCUGGUGUUCGUGGAGAACUUAAAUCAGUUGAAUGUAUUAUGCCAAAAACAUCAACAACCAUAGACCAAUUCUUUGGAUUUAUUGCCCAAAAGAUUAAAGAGUUUGUUGAAAAUAACAAUUUAAAAGAAAAAGAAAUUAAAGCUGGAUUGACAUUUUCUUUUGCUGUUGAACAAAUUGCUAUAGAUAAAGGAAUUCAACAAUCCUGGUCAAAAGGAUGGGAUAUUAAAGAAUCCAUUGGUAAAGAUAUUGUUGAAAUUUUCCAUAACCAACUUGCAAAAGUUAAUGUUAAAAAUAUUAGGAUAGUCGCAUUUAUCAAUGACACUGUAGGAACAUUUGCUAAUCUUGCAUAUGAUGAUGCAUCAUGUGGUAUGGGACUUAUUUUUGGUACAGGAACUAAUGGAUGUUAUAUUGAGAAAACAUCUAACUUUGCUUCUUCUAAAUUAAAAUCAGUUUACAAAGAAGAUUAUAUGAUUGUUAACACAGAAUGGGGAGGAUUACAAUUCCCAGAACUUGGGCUCAACAGAUUUGAUGAUAUGAUUAAUGAUAUUAGUGUCAACAAAGAUCAACAACGAUAUGAAAAGAUGAUUUCAGGUAUUUACAUGGGAUGGAUAGGAUAUAGGUCAAAUAGAAGAAAAACAAGAAGAGAGUAUAGUCGUAGUGAAGACAGAGAAGACAGACACAGAAGAGUAGCUGAAGAAGAACAUUAUAACCGAAACAUUAGAAGAAGAGCAGAUAGAUCUCCAUCAUUAUCACCACUUGGAGAUAAGCUUCAUUCAAGAUGGGAUGAACAACCAAAAGCUAUUGACUCUGUUCAAAUAUCUCAACAAUUAAAUGUACACCAAGAACGAGCAGCUAAAAGAAUUUAUGUUGGUAAUAUUAACUCCUCUACAUCAGAAAAAGAUAUUGUUGAUGCAUUUAAUGAAGCAAUGAGAAGAGGAGAUUAUGUGGAUAAAAAUGACCCUCGUGAUAUUAUUACUCAUAUUGAAGUAAAUUAUGAAAGGUCGUAUGCAUUUCUUGAAUUUAGAACAUUAGAAGAAGCAGUCAAAGCACUGUCUCUCGAUGGUUUAACAAUUAAAGGAGCAUCAGUUAAAGUACGUAGACCAAAAGAUUAUAAUCCUGUUUUACCAUUUAUUAGUGGUCUUUCUCAAUUAAUGGAACCAGGAACAACAAACCCAAGAGAAUCUAUUUUGUAUAUGGGUAAUAUUCCAUUACAAAUGACUGAUGAACAAAUACGCAAGAAAUUAGAGAAUUUAAAUCCAUUAAAAAAAUUCUUUGUUAUAAGAGAUCCUGAUCUUGGAGCUCCACAAGGGAAAUGCUAUUGUUUAUUUGAAUACCAAAACCCUGAAUAUAAAGAGAAAAUUUUAACAUUUGAUGGAAUCAAUUUAGGAGGAAAUAAAAUUGAAGUAUGUAGUGGGGUAGAUGGAUUUAAACAUUUACCAAAAGCCUCUUUAAAUGAAUUAUUUUCUAAGAUGUUUCCUCACACUACUGAUUUAGUAAUUGGGACAUUAUUAAAUUCAUCUGUAGGAUAUUCUACUGUGUUUGAGAAAAUAUUAAAACCAUCAGAAAAGAUAGAAGACCAACACGUCAGUAGAAUUAUUGUCAUAUUUAAUAUGGUAUAUCCAGAAGACCUUAUUGAUCAACAACGAUAUAUUGAAUUAAUUGACGACAUUAGAUUUGUAUGUCAGGAGUACGGAGAAGUUGAGAGUAUUAGUAUUCCAAGACCAACUGAAGAAAAUAAAAAACCAAGUGGUCUUGGAAGGGUCUUUAUUGAAUUCAAAACUAUUGAUGGAGCAAUAAGGUGUUGGAAAGAAAUAGUAAAAAAAAGAUAUGACAAUCGCUCUUUAUUAGUUGGGUUUUAUAGUGAAAAGAAAUACGCAAAUAGAAUGUUUGGAUAUAUGGAAGAAGAAAAAGAAGAUGAUGAAGAAAAAGGCACUCAAAUGGAAGAAAUUCCUAAUGAACAACCUCAAACCAUAACAACAGAAAUAAAAGAAAAUAAUAAUCAAAAUAAAAUUACAAUAAAAGAACUAUCAAAUACAUCACCUCAAAAUGAAAUAAAAGCAGGUAUUCAUCAAAAUGAAAUAAACGAAGGUAUUCAUCAAAAUGAAAUAAACGAAGGUAUUCAUCAAAAUGAAAUUAUUCAAGGAGAAAAAACAAAAGAAGAAACAAAAGAAGAUAAUAAUCAAACUAAUGAUUUGAAAGAAAUUAAAAUGGAAGAAGAAAUAAACCUGCAAGGCCAAAAUAAAAUAAAAGAAAGUAGUAUUCAAGAAACUAAAAUGGAAGAGGAAAGAAAAAAAAUUGAAGACCAAACUGAGACCACAAAGGAAAAGUCACUAAAUUCAUUAACACAAAAUGAAAUAAUGGAGACCGAUAACCAAAAAGAUGUUAUUGCACAAGAAGAAACUAAAGGUGGUGAUAAUCAAAAUAAUAUUACCUACGAUAUCAAACCAGAAAAUGAAAUACAAAAUGAUGAAAUAAAAGAAGUCCUAAACAUAUCAGCUCAAAAUGAAAUAAAAGAAUAUGAUAACAAAAGUGUUGAAUUGGGCCAAAGUAAAAUAGAAGAAAUAAAAGAAAAUAGUGACACAAAAAACUUCUUAAAGAAAGAAGAAGAAGUUGUUCCAAAUACAUCAACCCAAAAUAAAGUAGAAGAGAGUAUUAUUCAAGAAGUCAAAAUGGAAGAAGAAAAAACAGAAAGAAAAGAAUGA